GCUUGACUGUAGUUUAACUAUUUUAUAUUAUGAGAAGCAUGUACCUUGAGAAGCUACUACUAAAUACUGGAUCACUGGUUUCUGAAGGCUUCUGAACUGAUAUUAGUUUGUCCGUAGCACUAUAAUGUAUCAUCCCCUGACAACCCUAUAAGUUUAUAGGGAAAUGGCCUUGUGUACAAUCUAAUUCCUAAACCCCAGUUUGCAAGCCAGCCAGCUGACACCUAUGUCCUGUAUGUGCUCAUAACAGAUGGAUUUAUGAGAUUUACUAGCACUAUUCGUCACUUAUACUGACAGGGCUGCAUAUGAUUCAUCUAUAGAGAAAACACUUACAUCCUCCUUUGUUAUCAAAGUGCUCAGAAUGUAAACGACAGGUUGUAUAUGACCACCAGGUCUUAAUGGUUUACUUAGAAGCCUAUUAACACAAUAAGCACACUUUAUAUUGACCCGAUGUAAAUCUGAAUUCACUCAAUGCAAUCUCUCUCUGCGAAGAGCAACACUUCUGAGACUGUCCAUCUGAAGCUGAAAAUGAGAAUGCCAAUUAUUUUCCUCUUCCUGACCACAAGCUUCUUUCAAAUCUCACAAUGUGUGCAGGUUACGGACAGUGGGUACAAUUUCUCCCUGGAGGCAGUAAAGACCCUGAAAAAGCUUAUGGAGUUUGACACAAGUACAAACCCUCGACAGACCUACGGCGAUGCAGCGUCCCUAUGUGCCGACCCUGACCUGCCAGGAGAGUUCAGAGUGCUGUGCGAAAAAGAUGAUGCUGACGAAGUCUUCCAACGACUGGUGAAAAUCAUCAGUCCUAUAGACCCCUGUGAGAUCUGUGCCAACGCGGCCUGCACCGGCUGUUCCUGAGCACGCACACUCCCAGCAUCCUGCACAUGGAGCCCACAAGUUCAUAUCUACAUCAGUAUCAUCAAACAUACAUGAUCACUCUACAGAACUGCGAGUAAAAUAUAGGAGGGUAAAACAUGUUACUAAUUUUAUUUUACACAACAAAGAGAAAAAUAUGUAAUUAAGUGUGUUUCAUAAAAUGUUUGGACCACAAAUCUUUUUUUAAAGAAACAAAAUGAAUGGAGAUACUGCCUCCUAGUGAAUCUAAACAUACAUAGCCUAUUUUAGACCAGUGGUAUCCUGGAGAGCUACCUUCCUGCGAAGUUCAGAUCCAAUCCUAAUCAAACACAACUGAGCCAGCUAAUUAAGAUCUUCAGGUGCACUUGAUAAUUGAGUUGAAUGAGUAGGUACAUUUUGAUUAAGUAUACUUAAUUUGCGUGCUAAAACAGUUUCUAUAUAGAAUAAAAAUGAAUGUGUGUUGUAUGAAGGUAAUCUGGAUAUAAAAUAUAAUUAAUUAAUUAAUUAAACUUUCUGGAAAGUAUUCUGGAUCAUGAAAUAAUUGUUUAUAGCAUAUUUUAAAAUCACAAUCAUCUUUCAAAACCAACUUUCU